AUGGGCGGUGAGGUGGUGGAGAACGCCGCCUUUCUCUGGAGAUCGCCGGCGCCUUCUAGGGUUCGGUUCUUCGCCUGGCUGCUGACGCUCGGCCGUAUCCAUACUCGGGACAAUCUACUGAAGAAACACAUCGUCGAGCUCCAGAGUGCUGGGUGCCCGGAGUGCGGGGUGAGCCUGGAGACGCCUGAUCACUUGAUCUUCGGCUGCCCCUUCGCGCGUGCGUUCUGGUGCUCUCUGCGCCUUUCCACUUCGGGGGCCUCUGUGCGUGCCAUGCACCUCUUCGACGCCUCCAUGGCGGUCGGCUCAGCCUCGCCGCAUGCGUUCGUGCAGCUGUGCUGCUGGCACCUCUGGAAGCGGCGGAACGCGGUUGUGUUCAGGCGGGAAACGCCGUCCCUGAACGCCACUUUGAAAGCCUGUCGCGACGACGCCAUCCUCUGGCGCGGCAGGUUUCGCUCUGCGGAUCGUGGACAUGUUGAUGCAUGGCUAAUGGCCCUGCGUGGGUAG